AUGGCGAUAACCCCGACCAGACAACAAAAGUCCGCCAAAGACAGAGUUGUAGAGCGAGAGCAGCGACGGCAUUCGUCUGAGGAUGGCCUGGCGUCCUACCGUCGUUCUGCCUCCUCCUCCCCACCAACAUCCUGCAUCGUCGACAACAUCAACAGCAACAAGUAUGCGAUCCCACCAAAGUGCCGGACGGUGUUCCAUAUGCGCGAUGAGGUUCCAAGACCCCGAGAGGAGGAAAAGACCGGACUGAGCGAGAAGCGAUUCUACCAGUAUCGACCCCAACCCCAGCCUCGAGCGCGCUUUCAUUCCUUGUCCUCAUCGUCUGACCAGACCCAGGAGGAGGGAUCGAUACUUUCGCCCCUUACUUCCUCGCCAACCUCUACGAAGAAGCCCAAUGGCGGCAAGAGCGCCAAAAUGGUCUCGUUCAAGGAGCCCGAGCCAUGGAGGGAUGUCACGCCACCACCACCUUCGCAUCAACCUCCAUCUUCUUUGUCAUCGUCUUCGUCGGCCGAGACAGAGAAGCAAGGGGGUUGUCAGGACACCAGGCAAGCCCGCAUGCUUUUUACUCGUCUCGACGUUCCUACUAUUAUGGUUACCGAGCCACAGCAGCAACAGAAGCAGUCGACCUCAGCCUCCUCAUCCGCUUCGACCCCGACCGUCCGCCGCCCAAUGUCCGAGCCCAUUCUGUCGGGCGGUUCCACAAUGCUCUCAACCUUGUCGUCCUCGUCCUCUUCUCCUUCGUCAGCGCACCGCAACAUCCAAGCGACUCGACAAAAGUCCUCGCCACCAUCAUCAUCGGUCGCCGAUGAACCUCUUUCUUCUAGCACCAGCCGACACCGCCGCAACCUGAGCAUGCCUGUUCAGUCUACGUCUUCUUCCUCAUCGUCUCAUGUCCCCAAGAGGAUGCAGGCUGGUCAGGGUCCGAUGGUUGAAGAGCCAAAGACCAAGUCUGGCAACAAGCUUCUCAGGUUGUGGAAGAGUGCGACCCAGAAGUAUGGUAGUCACCAUAGUCAUCACCACAACCAUCAAGUUGGGCUUUUGGGUGGUAAGGGAUCUGAUUUGGAGCCUCUUGUCAGUAUGGCCCGAGAGUAG